UUCCGACAGAUAUUCCUUUAAAGGCGUAUUUAAAGCCCUGGACUCAGUUGCAGGAGCGGCGGACAACCUAUGCAACAAAAGCUGCUGCAGAACCGAGCGACCGUCCGAGCGCUCAGCGGACAAACAACACGGAGCCAGCGGCUGACACGACCCGGCGAGGUACGACUACAGGGCUUAAGAUUGUAGCCUGGACCCAACGACGACGACGUCUCAUCGACAUUUAUGAAGCUUUCAAGGCCUUUUGAUUGAUCAGCCAAUCGAUGGGGAUUUUCAGAGGAGCUCCGCCCACCGUCGCCGCCUGCCCUCCUCCUCCCCCGCCCUCCCCCCGUGGCCUCCUGCUCGCCCCCACCCGCCCCGUCGUCCAGCCCGCCAUCCAGCCCUCCAUACACAAAAUGACUCUGGAACUCACCGAAUGGUCUUCUAUAUGGAUUUUUACUGCUUGUAAUAGACAGUAAAGGAAACAAAACAAGAGAGAAACGAGGAGGAAACCUCAAUGACAAAAAAGCCAUAAACACCUACACACACACACAAACACACACACACACUCACACACACACGCGCACACCACACUUUGUCAUACCAAAUAAAGCUGACACAGUUUUCCAGGCAGUAUCUCACACACCUGACACACACAAAGAAAGCAAGUGCACAAAGUCACUCUUGGAAUGUACCGUUCACUCUUCCUGUGAAAUUCAACUGCUUCCUUUAUUUUUUGGAGAUUUUCUACAAGCCUUGGGGAAAGCUGAUUUUAUGAUUUUCUUUUUUUUCUGUUCGACUGUGGGUGGAAAACAAGGAGGAUUAACAAGUUUGAAGUUGCAGUGUUUUUUGGAGGACAACUUGUUUAGAGGGAGGUGUUUGUUUUCCUCACUGUAGAAGAUCUGGAAAUUUCGGAUCUGUGCUAGAGCUAUAGUGUAACAGGUUAGUUUGUCUUCAUUUAUUUACCCUUUUUUAAUUUCAGCAGGGCCCAGUUAUAGAUAAACUUUAUUACCUCGCAUGCUGGGACACUAUCUGUUACAGUUUUUCUGUUUUUAUUCUAGUGUUAUUAGCACUCCAUAGUUUCGUGAGCACUUGAAUAACAGAUGUAAAAGCUAUAUAACUAGCAAGUUGCAAUUUGUAGCUUGUAAAGAUUGUAAUAAAAUUACUUCUAGGAAGUCACUACUAGUUUUAAAGUAACUACAAGCAAUUUGAUACGAGCAGUUUGUGGAAGCAGUGUUGUUUUUCCUCACACAACUGCUCACAGAUUUGUACGUUAGAAAGGGUGCGCUUGUUUUCUCGUGGCGUGCAUGCCCUCCGCCAUGCCUCCCCAGAACACGGAGGCUGACGCUAUGCAGGUCGGAUCUCUGGUCGGCGGGGUCAACGCCAAAAACUCCACGGCAUCGGGCUCGGAUGAGGAGAAAGGAGGAGCGGGAGGCGAGACGGAUGGAUCGGGAGGCGGCGGUGGUGGCGGCGGCGGGGGAGGACGCCGAGGAGGAGAGGAGUCGGCGAGCGAGGGGUCGAUAGAAGGCAUCCCCCUGAAGAGAUGGGUGAUGCACGGCGCCGUGAUGUUUGGCCGGGAGUUCUGCUACGCCAUGGAGACUGCGCUGGUGACGCCCGUACUGCUGCAGAUAGGUCUUCCAGAGCAGUACUACAGUCUGACGUGGUUCCUCAGCCCAGUCCUCGGCCUCAUGUUCACCCCUCUGAUCGGCUCGGCCAGCGACCGCUGCACCCUGCGAUGGGGCAGGAGGAGACCCUUCAUCCUGGCUCUGUGUAUAGGAACGCUGAUCGGAGUGGCGCUGUUUCUGAAUGGAUCGCUCAUAGGACUGUCGCUGGGUGACGAGCAGGGAAGCCAACCAAUAGGAAUUGUUCUUACUGUGCUGGGAGUGGUGGUUUUGGACUUUUGCGCGGAUGCUACGGAGGGACCAAUCAGAGCGUACUUGCUAGACGUGGCAGAUGCAGAGGAACAAGACAUGGCGCUCAAUAUCCACGCCGCCUCUGCAGGUCUUGGUGGGGCGGUUGGCUACGCUCUCGGAGGUUUAGACUGGACGCACACUUUCCUCGGAGCGGCCUUCAAAUCCCAGGAGCAGAUCUUGUUCUUCUUUGCCGCCAUCCUCUUCUCUGUCUCUGUGGUGCUGCAUCUCUUCAGCAUCGAGGAACAGCAGUACUCGCCACAACAUGACAGGCUCGACCAGGAGAGUCCAAAUCCCAACCACCUGCAACCGUCGGCCAACGGCAGGACUGGACUUCUUGCCCCGAAGCUGGAAAUGAUCGGUGAGGACAAUACGAUUGAGAGCUACGACCUCUAUGAUCCCUAUGAAGACGACCAGUCUGAGCGAGGAGACAUGGACAUGGACUUCCUGGAGGUGGAGCUUGUGAGAAGUAAAAGCGACAGUGUUCUCGCCAUGGCAGACGCAACUCUCGACCACAUGGACCACGAUGCGUUGUUCUUGUGCCACAUCGAGCCCUCCAUUUUUGCCGACCGCCUCUCGCCCUACCACGGCUCUCCUCCCACGACGGCCUCCUUCUUCAACCACAAUCACAGCACGCCGCCUCUACGGCUCGCCAACAUCAGACGCAGCAGCAGCGCAGGAAGUCAGGACCUGCUCCGCCCCCAAAACAGCAACCAUCAAACACUCGCCCCCACCCCAAGAAUUUCCCGCCUCUCGGCUUUCUUGCAAGAAAUGGAGAACGAUGACGGACAGGAGGCGCUGCUGAACAAUCAGCUGAAUGAGCAGCGGACACUGAACGGGCGGCUGUUAGCCAGCGUAACUAACGCUGAUAGAGUUGGCGGAAACAGGUUGAGCUCUAAAGGACAAGCACACCGAGCUGGAAUGGUCAAAGCUGCCAGUACUGGAGCUCCCAUGCGUCAGUCCCGUCACCGUCACACCUUCUACCGCCAGCCGUCCUGUACUUUCUCCUACUACGGCCGCGUGGGAAGCCAUCGUUACCGCUACCGCCGGGCCAACGCCGCCUUCCUCAUCAAGCCGUCUCGCAGCAUGAACGACCUGUACGAGGUGGAGGCCAGACACCGGAGGAGGAGCAGGCAGAGGAACAGACACCGCAGCGGAAACACCAACUCAUCCAGCGGAGAUACAGAGAGCGAGGAGGGCGAGGUGGAGACCACCGUGCGGCUGUUGUGGUUGUCCAUGCUGAAGAUGCCUCCAGAGCUGCUGCGACUGUGCGCCUGUCACCUCCUCACCUGGUUCUCCAUCAUCGCAGAAGCCGUCUUCUUCACCGAUUUCAUGGGACAAGUCAUCUACCACGGAGAUCCCACUGCUCCUGCCAACUCCACCUUACUAUAUAACUAUCACAGUGGAGUUCAAAUGGGAUGCUGGGGACUGGUUAUAUACGCCAUGACAGCUGCAACAUGCUCAGCUGUACUUCAGAAGUAUCUCGAUAACUUUGACCUGAGCAUUAAGGUCAUCUACAUCCUGGGGACGCUUGGAUUCUCCAUAGGAACUGCUAUCAUGGCAAUCUUCCCUAAUGUGUAUGUUUCCAUGGUGAUGAUCAGCAGCAUGGGCAUCAUCUCCAUGAGUAUCUCCUACUGUCCUUAUGCUCUGCUGGGACAAUAUCACGAAAUGAAAGAGUACAUCCAGCACAGUCCUGGAAACUCCCGCCGAGGCUUUGGAAUAGACUGUGCCAUCUUAUCCUGCCAGGUGUACAUCAGUCAGAUAUUGGUGGCCUCAGCUCUGGGCGCUGUAGUGGAAGCCGUUGGCAGCGUUCGUGUCAUUCCCAUGGUGGCCUCUGGGGGAUCCCUCCUCGGAUUCUUCACUGCCUGCUUCCUGGUCAUUUAUCCGACUCCAAACAACGGGGAUGGAGAAUCAGCCAAAGCUUCGGAGAAACGAGCCUUGACAAAGACGGAAAAUCGCAACAGCAGCGAGGGGCCCGUUACCGUGGUGAUAGAGAAACCCAGCUUCUUGAAACUCAACAAGGAGGGUAAGGCGACCACCACGACCACAUCCGAUCACACGGACAACGAGUCUGCGCUGUGAUUGGCUCGUCGGGUUGACGGACACAUUGCAACGGAAACAACUAAAUUAACUUUUAACAUCGCUGCUGAAGAUGUGCCUCCAUCCUGCAGGAGUUUACAGACACGAAGAAGAAAACAGAAGGCGAUCAGUGUCUUGUUUUGGCUUUGACGGGUUUUUCUCUGGCUCUUGUGUCACGAUUUGCCGAAGAAAACAACUCAAUCUGCCGUGGGACCACAUCAGACCAACUUAUCCUGCAAAAAUCAUUCUGGUCCUAUCGCUGUUUUCAGCCAUCAACGAAAUUCCUUCCACUUCGCCCUCGCGGACGUCUGAUCGAUCCGUCGGGGUCGUCCAGGAGUGAUCGAUCGACUAGAGAGGUUGUUUCUGUCUCUCAGGGCCUCUAGGAGGUGCUACUGAGCAACCGCCUGGGCAGGAAAUUUCAGGGUGACUCACGUACAUACAUAUAAACCUUUACACGCACACACCUCUUCAUCUGGGGGUCAACACCAUCGAAUGGACACCUGAACACUGUUGAUGAACAUUUAGUCCUUGAAGCUGCAAUCAUUGAAAAAAAAAUGCUGAAAAUCGUUCUUCCUCACCGUGGAAUCUGCUUGAUCGCUUUGUGACUGACGGAAGUUGACUGUUCACCAAAAUAAAACCCCGAUGACAGCAACAACACACUCGGCUUUUGCGGGACUUUUACAGCGCUCUGCGACAGUAGCUUUAAGACUCUUGAGACUUUUGGCAUUUCUAAAAAAAAAAAAAAAGCUGUGAGCCCAAAAGCCUGGUUCCUAGGGGGAAUUUAUUGAUCUCAAGGGCCCCAAACUGAUCGCAGGUGUUUCACUUUUGGCCGAAAUCUUUAGUUUAGCCUUCAUCGCAGGGCAAAGAUGACAAUGUCUAAGUCGGCCUGCUCGGAGAUACCGAGCUUGAGCAUGAGGUUGCCUGUGCAUUGAAGAAAUACAGAUGUUUAUAGGGUGAAAUUCCACAUCAGAAAGAGCGCAGAUGCAAUGUGUGCAGUAUACAGGGCAUUACAAUCCCAAAUAUUAUGUUCAUGAUAUACUGAGGACCCACGCUGACAUUUGAAUAAUCAGACUAACCUACAUGCUGCAGAGAGACAAACCAAACAGCAGAGGAGAAGCUCUUUCUCUCUGCUUUUGCACUUUUGUUGAUUUACAAAAGAAAAAAAAAUGCUGUUAGCACAAUGUUUGUCACCAACUGCACAAUUAGCUGAGCCAUCGCUGGAAAAAAAAGUGUUACAAUGUUCAGUUUGAAAGCUGAAAAAUUCCCUGCGUCGGUGUCGGAUUAAUUCGUCUUCGGACACCGGCAGGACGGAGCUUCCUGAUAGUCGUCGUUCCAGUAGAUCCAGUAAACUGCACCAGCGAGUCUGGAAUGGAGACGCGAGAAUAUUAGAAAUUUUGAGGAGAUAUUAUGUUUCUGGGAAGAGAGGCAAGCAAAUGAUUGUGUUGAGAUGCAAGUUUGUAGCAGCUUGUUGCUUCUGUUGGAGGAUUUCUGGUCCUUUUGUGUGUUUUUUUUUUCCACUUUAUCGGGCCAAAUACAAUCAGUAGAGGGAAGCAGAAGAGAGUAUUUUUGAUGUUUCUGAGUGUGACAUGCUGAAUGGAUUUCCAACAGAGGAGAGGAGUAAAAGUAAGCUUAGAGGAGGAUUGGAGAAUUGUUUUCACUUUAAAAAAAAAAGUUCUUUUUACACUUUGUUGCUGAGAGUUCCAGGAUGAGGCGGCAUCCAGCAGGGGUUUGUUGAGCAUAAAAACUGGAAACAAGAGUUACCAUCACCACUUUUAUUUUUGUAGAUAAUGAGACAUAAUGUGGGGAAUUAUUGUUUUAGAGAUGCAAGUAGGGUUUUUUCCAUCUGUUUCUAGUCUUUAUGCUAAGCUAAGCUAAGCAGCUGCUGCCUGUCUUCAUACUGCGCGUACACAGGAGUGGCAUCAAUUGAUUUUUAAAUGGUAGAAUUUGAUUUAUUACAUCUUUUUAGAGAUCUUAACUUCAAAACUGCAAAGAAUAAUUGACUUUCAACACAAAUACAGCUUGCCCUUAGUGACAAAUCAUUAUUUCUGCAGUCUAACAGCUUGCGUUAGUUGAAUUAAAGUGUUGUUUGAGAUGUUUCUGAUGGUUUUGCAUCUUUAACUGAAAAAUGGUUGCUGAGGGCAAGUAGCAGCAGCAGGAACACGAUGUUGGAGUUUAGCUUUACUUCAACCCUGUUAACAUCCAGCAGGGAGGCUGAUGGGCUAAUCCCAGAAUAUUUACCACAGAGGGGACGCAUAUACUUGGUUAUAUAAAACUACUCUCUAGAUAUUAAGUGUACAGUGAUAAAGUUAGAUUAAUCUCUUGAAUGUUUCCUUACAAACGUUGCUGGACACGUGACUUGAAAGAUGAAAUGAGAGAUGCUAUUGUUUGUUUUCUGACAAAUCAGAUCUUUUUGUUGCAAUAGCGGCCCCCGUUAAUCAGCCGGAGAGGGGACUGUGGGAGAUUUGCAGGGUUGUAUGAGGUGACAAAAUCCGUCACCAGUGUUUCUUUUUUCCUGCAUCUGUCAGGGUGAAAGGUCAUGGAUUUGGGUCAGUUCUCCUUUCAGCUCAAUCAGCUGCUACUUGAAAGGAAGUUUAAACUGCAGUGGGAUGAUUUACUGAUUUUAUUUGAGUGUGUGAAGCAGUUUGAGGAGAAGCUUGUUGAUUUUUUCGGGGUUUUAGAGACGAGUUCACUCACUGAUGGUGUGUUUUUUUCACUUUGGUGAAGUUUGGUGCAGAGUUUAAACCUUUUUUUUUGGUUUGUUUUAAAAAAUUUGAUUCCUUCCACAUUUUCAGGUACAUUCAGUCAGUUCCAGAGCAGAGAGAAAGAGUUUUGCUUCCUGGAACGAAUAAAAAGCAGGGAUGGGACACUGAUAGAAGACAAGGAGGUACAGACGCCACGGUUUUAAAUGGUCUCUGUAACCACUAUAGGGCAAUAAAAUAUUCUGGAUAAAAAAAUGGAUACACAACUUCAGUUUAAUGAAAAAAGAAAAACAAACUUUGGGUUGGGAGGUUUGCAUGCGACAACAACGAUAUGCAUGUGCGGGACACCAAAGUAAGACUCUGUACAAAAUCACUCGAGCUCUUUCUCUUUUAUUGUCCUUAUAGGUCAGGGAUGUAUUUUCUAAUGCAUGGCUGGAUGUUUGUGUCUUUUUGUUUCAAACUUAAAUGUGUAAAAACAAACGAAACAUGUACUCUUUAAGCUGAAGCUUUGUGCUCGGUCUGGGUCAGUACACUCUUAACAAGCAUGUGAGUUUGCUACAUUUUUUGCACAUUUACGAGUUCAGUUUCGGACGCCUGUUCAUCUCGUCGCCGUUCGACACGACGCCCACUUAAUGGAAAGUGUUGAAACGCAUUCAGAGAUGAGACGUCGUCCCGAGCGACGCUCCUUGUUAAAAGUGUAGGCGAGAAACUCCAGGCCACGAAUACUUGAAGUGCAACUUGAGUGUUUCUGUUCCAGUGCAGUGAGAAAGUCUUUGAUUUCUGGGUUCUUCUUCUUUAUUUUUUUUUUCGUUUUUGUUCUUAAUGUCCCAGUCCUUUUUACCGUAGACUCUGGAAUGUUCAGACAGCACGGCCGCCUGCUCGGCCUGCUGGGAGAUUGAGUUCUUAACCUUUGAUUCCAUCUGGUGACUUAUAAUCUUAAAAAAAUAGUCAAUGAAUGUGAGUUGAUUUCCGUCGAAAUCAUUUUUAUUUUGAUGUUCGACAAGCCAGGGUGGGGGUCCUGCUGUUGCACAGAACUUGCACAUGAUAAAAAAACAAACAAAAAAAACAAGAAAAAACUGUUGAAUUAUGUUGCAAAGGAAGAAAAAAAAAUAACUGUGGAUAUUUAUUUUUUUGAGCUUUUUUGUCUUGUAAGAGACACUCACUUAGUUUCCAAAAGAGUAAAUUAAAGCUAUUCUAUUUGCUGUUACAGGAGAUGUUACAGGAGUGGACUGGAGUCUGUGUGUGUGUGUGUGUGUGUGUGUGUGUGUGUGUGUGUGUGUGUGUGUGUGUGUGUGUGUGUGUGUGUGUGUGUGUGUGUGUGUGUGUGUGUGUGUGUGUGUGUGUGUGUGUGUGUGUGUGUGUGUGUGUGUGUGUGUGUGUGUGAGUGUGUGUAGCCGUCUCACAGCUGUAAAGCAAAAGACAGGAGUGUGUUACAAAUGUCAUCUCAGUGUUCAUUUUUUGGUUCUUGUUCUCUGUUCUUUGCAAUCACCUGGUUUACACUUAACUCUGGAAUCGCUGGCUGCAAUACUGGAAGUUAUUUACAAAUCUUCUUGUCUCAGUUCUGGUGUUUUUAAUUCGACUAGAAAAUGUCUCCUUUUUUUUUUUUUUUGUAUUUGCUCAUUGAAUUGGCAGAGCCACACACAGGAGUUCGGCCUUUUGCACUUUUUCAGUGGUGGCCAUGUUGGCUCCACCGUCCCGAUCACUGAAUGAAUGUGGAGACGCCGUGAUGCUGUUUCAUGUUUCCAGCUGUCAGCCAUGCAGUUAGUCCAACCUGUCCAAACUCUGAGUGUGUGCCGCUCUGCCCUCCUGUAAACUGUGUGUUAAUGGCGGAGGAGAGAGAUGCUUAUGUACUUUGAUUUUCAUAGAGAUUAAAUCAAGAAGAAUACUUAAAGAAUGGGAAAGCAAAUAUACGCAGUGUACUAUAUAUAAUAUGCCUUGGUAUUUGGAAAAAAAGAUGUAAAUAUACAUAUUUCUCUUUUAGUUUCUUCUUUUUUGCUGCUAUAAAAAAGAUGAUUAUUUUUGUUAGUAGUUUUGUUUUCUAUAUAAAGUCUGUAUAUAUCUCUAUGUUAUGUAAAUAUGCUUGAGCCUUCAUAUGUAGGACUCUGGAAGAACACUGUAUGGAACGCACCUUUAAAAUCUGUUCAGAAGUAAAACAACCAUGACUUCUUUCA